AUGUGCAUAAAAGAUCUCACACAGGUGAGAAGGAGUAUUCAUGUACUGAGUGCGGGAAAUGUUUUUCAAAAAAGGCAAAUCUUUACACACAUCAGAGAUUGCACACAGGAGAGAAGCCGCAUGCCUGCCCCUGAUGCGGGAAAUGUUUUGUACAAAAAAUCACUACUUACAGCACAUCAGAGGUCUCACACGGGGAAAAGCCAUAUUCUUGUUCCGAGUGCGGAAAAUGUUUUUCAAGGAAGUCCAGUCUUUACUUACAUCAGAUAUCUCACAUAA